AUGGAGUCGCAAGUACGCUUCGUGCCUGGUUAUACGGGCGACUCUCUACCCCUUAAGAUCAUUAUCGCGUUUCUCCUUGGGCUUUCGCUUUACAACGCUAUCGAACUUAUCGUUCUCGCAUUCGUCACUUUCCAGCGCUACCAUGGGCUGUAUUUCUGGUCGCUGGUCAUCAGCGCUUUCGGCAUCAUACCAUACGCUCUAGGCUUCAUCAUUAAGUUCUUCCGAGUGCUGGAUCCUUCAAGAGAUGCUGGAUAUGUCGCCGUCGUCCUACUUACAUUUGGGUGGUACCCUAUGAUCACCGGGCAAUCGGUCGUCCUAUGGUCGCGUCUCCAUCUUGUCACGAAUUCGCGCCGAGUCCUUCGCUGGACCCUCUACAUGAUCAUCGUCAAUGGCAUACUACUGCAUUCAAUCACGACCGUCUUGACUUUCGGCUCGAACUCGAACUCGCUCUCCGAUUCCACGCUCCGUCGCUUCGUUCGCGGAUACUCGAUAAUGGAAAAAAUACAGAUGGUUGGCUUCUUCGUGCAAGAAACUAUCUUGUCGAUAGUAUACAUUAAAGAGACGAUACGAUUGCUGAAACUCUCAGAACAAGUUCAAGACGACGUGCGAAGUUUCGAUGACAGCGUUGGCAUGGGGCACCUCAGGAAUACCAACGUUCGGAAGACAAUGUACCAGCUUCUUGCCAUCAACGUACUGAUCAUCGCCAUGGAUAUUGCCCUACUCAGCGUCGAAUUCGCCAACCUAUACCUCAUCGAAACCACCCUUAAAGGCGUCGUAUACUCGAUCAAACUCAAACUCGAAUUCGCCGUCCUAGGCAAACUCGUUCAACUGGUGCGCGUUCGAGCGGAAAGCGAUCAGAGCAUGAACAACAACAACUACGCGCGCGGUAACAGCUUCGAACGCCGAAACACCCUGACGCUGGAAAAGACCCCGAGUGGCAGUGGCACCGCGAGCGUAGGCGUAUCAGCGAGACUCAACAGCAGCCUGCUCACGCACGACUUUGGCAGCCAGCAAUACCCCGACUUUGUGGAUUCCAGACGCAUUAGUCCGAAUGUUACGCACGCGGAGCCGGUGAAUGAGGAGACUGGAUGGGAAACCCGAGGGCAGCAGGAAGAUCAAGAGAAGUGGAGGAGGCGAGCCAGAGUAAAACGUGGGAGCUGGAUCGAUGAAGAGAUGGAUAAACAUAAUAUUGGGUGA